UUGAUUUACGACAAUUCAUUUAGUGUUCCAUUUGAAGUUACAACAGCACUGAGAAAAAGGGGACUUACGACCCUUUUUCACACUUAACAACCAUUGCAAGCCAUGAUGUUAACGUUGGCUUAGACCAGGGGUCUCCAAACCUGGCCACUUUAACUCUAUACCGUUCCAGACAGAUGCUCUCCCUGCUUCUGUCUCUCUCUACUGUCAUCAACCUGUCGUCUUCUCUGGGUCAUCUAACCAUUAUCUACCAAUCUAUUAUCAUCCGACUGUCCAUCUGUCUAUCGUGGACAGAAGGAAUAAUUUGGAAGAACGGGAGGAAGAGCCACCAGCAAGACGACUUGUCGGAGAAAAGAAAUCUUGAGCCUGAGCCAAAACCGUAACCCGAGGAAGCGUCUCGGACAAGACCCUCCCUAGUAUCUGAAAGGCAAAUAGGGAGGGGAGAAGCAUAUUCAAACCUGCAAGCUUCUGCAACUGCAGCCUUAACAAUAAAAGCAGUAUUUGCAGCAUGCAGGACUCCUGGUUUCCUAGUUUGCACUACACUGGGGAGACUUGAUGAGGAGCGAGUCGGGGGAAAAAAUAACAACAGAAAAGUUGUUAGCAAAGAGGGAGAAAAACUGGCCCAGCGACUUUCUCGCACUUGGCUCCGUCUCCAUCUCUCUGGAAUGUGGGGGAACAAGUCCCAGCUUCUCCGAUCUCCACACUGGUUCUGCCCUCUUUUUCUUUUUCCUGCCUUCUCCCCACUUCCAGCUGCCUGGAAGAUCUUCAGCCAGGUGAAUCGGCUGACUGGCGGCGUCUUUCUCCAGAGAUGCUCUUAAGUUUUAUCACAUGACGGUGAACUGACCCGCCCAGCUUAGCAGGGGAAGGUUGAUCCCUGGACAUGGAGCUAACUGGACACAGGGGCACCGUUUGCUUUAACAAGUGACUCGUUCAGUUUCAAUGGCCCCCGUCAGCCAAGAGCAACUCUCGAAGUUCCAGCAGGAGGGCUUCUUGGUCCUCGAACGGUUCUUCAGCCUGGAAGAAUGCGACGCCAUGAGGGCCCAGAUCCGAAAGAUAAUCGUGUCUAUGGACGUGCCAGCUCACUGCCGCACCGAGUUUUCAACCCAGCAGUCGGAACAACUCCAGGCCCAGGGGUCGGCGGAAUAUUUCCUCAACAGCGGAGACAAAAUCAGAUUCUUUUUCGAAAAAGGAGUUUUUGAUACGAAAGGGGACUUUCUGGUUCCAAAGGAGAAAUCGAUCAAUAAAAUUGGUCACGCGCUACAUGCCUACGAUCCCGUCUUCAAGCAAAUGACCCACACAGCCAAAGUGCAGGCUUUAGCAAGAAAUUUGGGUCUGGAGAAUCCCGUGGUAGUGCAAAGCAUGUACAUCUUCAAGCAACCGGGCAUUGGUGGGGAAGUGACGCCACAUCAGGAUGCCACUUUUCUGUACACAACCCCUUUGGGCAAAGUGACGGGGUUCUGGAUCGCUCUGGAAAAUGCCACCCAAGAAAAUGGCUGUUUGUGGUUUGUUCCCGGCUCACAUACAACUGGCAUCACGCGGCGGAUGGUCCGAACUCCCCCUGGGACGAUUCCUUGCACCGAUUUCAUUGGCACCGAGCGAGUGUAUGAAGACUGCCAGUUUGUCCCUGUGCCAGCGGGCAAAGGGGACUUGGUCCUUAUCCAUGGCGAGGUGGUGCACAAAAGUGAAGCAAACUGUUCUCAGGAGUCUCGCGAGGUUUACACCUUCCACCUGAUGGAGGCCAAGGACGCUGUUUGGAGCACCGAGAACUGGCUUCAACCAACUCUGGAACUGCCUUUCCCGUCGCUGUAUACGAGCAACUAAACCCACAGCAUCUCUGCUUUGGGAGCCCCAUAUCUUUUGGGGAACCGGCAGGGGGGCUGAUCUUCAGCUCUGCAUCUGUAGCUGAGGAAUUUCUGGCUCCAGCUUCACAUCAUCAUCAUCUCCGAAUCUGCUGAGUCUGUUCAGGCUUAAAAAAAUCAGUUUGGUGUGGAGUUAAAGAGCAUCAGAUCCUGACCAAGGAAAGUCAGGCAGUAGUUUUUGCUCAACAAUGAACGUCACGGGGAGACCUUGUGAAGAAAAAGGAGACAUGAAGGGAACAAGCACUGUUCCUGGGUUCUGAAAGGAGAGGCAAGUUAAAAAGGCAAUAAAAUGUGGACUGGAAUUCCAAUUA